UAUUUCCGGCGGCGGUUCGGCUAGGUCAUCGUUCCCCGGCGAUCCUUCAAUCGCUGCAAGCACCUGGACGGGUGGACGGCCGAGUCCACGCACAUCUCCGGUCGGUCAGCCUCUGCCGAUUGCCAAUCCGCAGAUCUUGCUUCCUGCACUGUGCGCCCAUGGAGCCCCACAAGAACAGGAACAGGAAGAGGAAGGAGACCCAUGGAGGCAGCUCCACCGGGGACCGGCUGAGCGCGCUGCCGGACUGCCUCCUCCACGAGAUCAUGUCCCGCAUGAAGGCCCGGCAGACGGUGCAGACCUGCGUGCUGUCCCGCAGGUGGCGACACCUCUGGCGCUCCGCCCCCUGCCUCGACCUCGACCAGACAGAGUUCUUCGAGAGCAGCUACGGGCACCCGACCCAGGAGCAGCUCGACAGGUUCCAGGAUUUCGGAGACUCGCUUUUGCUCAAUCGUGAGGACGGAUCAGGCCUGGACACGCUGUCCCUGCAUCUACUGGAUACUCACGCGAGCCGUACGGAUGCUGGUAGAUGGAUGCGCUACGCCUUCAACUACUGCUCCCUCAGAGCGCUUCGCUAUGAGAUCUUCGGCGGCGGGUCUCAUACCUGGAUCAAGAUGCCUCCGGAUUUGGGGCCCAGCCUCACAGUGCUACACCUUGCCAACGUGUCCCUGGACGAAAGAUUUGCGGAGGUGGUCGGUUCGGUGUGCGUGGCUCUUGAGGUUAUGGAACUGGAAGAAUGUAAGAUCUGUUGUCGCAGUGUCACCUCUAACUCACUGGGGAGCUUGGUUAUAGAUGAUUGCUACAUCGAUAACGGCGGCCAUGACGACGACCAUGACGACGACCAGCUGGUUAUAACGGCUCCUCGUCUUACUUCCCUGCGAAUACUCGACUGGGGUACCCAGUUAAUUUCAGUAAACGAGAUGUUGUCCCUUGAGAAGGCGUCGAUACUUAUCGGUUACCCCGAAUUCAAGACAAGUUUCCGAAAUUAUCAACUCAAGCUUCUUAGCACUCUAUACAAUGUGACAAGUCUGGAGCUGUCGGGCUUUCUUCAAAAGAAUAACAAGGUGAGGUGGAAAAUGUCAUCACCGGCACUCGCUGGUAACUUCCAGGAGCCUCGAAUGAUUCCGACACCCUCUAUUCUGCCAGAUGUAAAGCCAGUUGAAUUCCCUACAUUUAUCAACCUUAGAACCUUGCUGCUGUUUGACUGCAGUUUUUUUCAAGAAAUGAACUAUUUUGGUUUUAGUGACAAUUUCCAGUUACUGGGCCCCUUGCUGCAGAACUCUCCUAAUUUGGAGAAAGUCACCAUGCGGUCUCAUAAGCUCCGAGGAAGUGCUAUCUUCAAGAGGCCAAAGUUUGCUGAACUCGUAUAUAAUAAUGGUGACGAUAUUCAGGAGCUAGUCCAUUUUCUGCUCGGCAUCUCAGACCGUGCACCGAAGAAUAUUCUAGCACUUACCAAAGUAUGAGCAAGUGAAGAACCUAAUAAGUCUACGAGCUUGAUUGAUACCGCCUGCUGUAAAUGUAAGGGAAAUGAAUCUACUUCUCAACUUUUCUCAAGAUGAUUAUUUAAGGGGCUCGCUGCUGUAUUGUGUGCUAUAUUGGACUAGUAGUGAUGCUUUUCUCUGCAAUGUUCUUUGCUGUCA